ACAACAACAACAACAACAACAGCAAUACCCCCAGUCUCAGGAGCCAUCAUCGGCACCACCGGCACCACACGCUCACGCUUUGUCAGCCGCCACCAGCAUGCCCGUCACUGCGCAGGCGACCCCACAGCCAGUACACCUGGCACCCACAACCGCCACCCACCACCACCAUCACCACCACCACAUUGACAGUCACCAGCAUCUUGGCAGCGGCGACCCGGCGCUAUUGGGCAGUGCGGUUUCGCAGACCCCAAAGCAGGUGCUGUCACUGCUUGCGGCCGCUCUUCGCCGGGAGGAGUCGUGUCGGUGGAAGGACUGCCACUGCCAGGGCGCCUGCUACUGCAAUUCAAGCUGCACGUGCGGAACGGUGGAGAAGACGGACGAAGACUGGAUUCGCGAAGCCGCACAAAGCAGCGAACAUCACGAGCAGCAGCAUCAACAUGACCUCGUGGACCACUGCUACCACCAACAACAACAACCUGCGGCCACACCAACGUGCUGUGGGCACAUGGGCACACCAAUCAAGGAGGCCGAUACGCCCAUGCUCAGCCCAGACUCGAUGCACACGGAGCCUGCGCAAGGCUCGGCGUGCUGUCGUCCAGCACCGCUGUCACCCAACCCUUCCAUGCUUCCAUCAGCGCCACCGGCCACAACCGUCCCAUUGUCCACAACAGCUUGCUCGUUCCCGCCUGCAUCCUUCGUUACUGACGACAUUGCACAGCAGCAAGCACGGCUGUCAAGUAGCUGUUGCUCAACUCAACAGCAAACCGCAGCCCAGGAUUUGCCACCGCACGCACCUGACUCUGCAGUUGACGCUGCUGCCCCUCCCGUCAACCUUUCUCAGCCGACUCAUCUCGCGCACGCACCACAGCAGCAGACACAGCCGCUCUUGCAGCCACAAUUGCAGCAGCAACCACAGCAAGUCAACAUUCACGAGCCACAGUCUUGUCAAUCACAACCCCAGCACCAUCCACACCAACAGCAGCAACAACGCCUGCCGUCGUCACUUGUGGUCAAGCAGCAGCACGAACCAGUAACAACAGCAGCAAUACCACCAACAGCAGCAGCAACAGUAACAACAACAACACCACCACCACGACCACCACCACCGCAUGGAGGCGGAUGUGGGGCCACGCGACACCAGCUGCAGCUGCAAUUGCAAUCGCGCCUUCGCUCACAAUCUGUUCUUGGGUUGGAGGACGCAAAGAAGCUGUUGUGUCCCUGGGACAACUGCAUGUGUGGCGCAUUCUGCACAUGCCUCGCAAACUGCCUCUGUGGCGACCAACCAAAAACGGACGAGGCGUGGCUGCGGCUGUUGGAGCAGCUCAACACACCCAUUGACAUGCACGAGGUGCACACGUUCGAUCACCUCGCCAGGGUGCAUACGGAUGGAACAGAUGUGCCGCAGUCAUCAUCUGCACCUGCCGGCACUGCCACCCAACACACUACACCAAGUCACCACAACAGCAAUCCCCAGCAAUCCCACCACCACCACCACCACCAGUUGUUGUGA